AUGGAUGAGAAAAAUGAAGUAGAUAAGAUUGACGAAGUGAUGUUGCCUGGUUUUAGAUUUCAUCCUACAGACGAGGAGCUUGUUGGAUUCUACCUGAUGAGAAAGAUUCAGCAGCAAUCUAUUCCUAUUGAGCUCAUAAAGCAAGUGGACAUUUACAAAUACGACCCAUGGGAUCUCCCAACACCAGCCAAGAGGCUCUUGGAUAAAAACCUUCCUGCAAAUGAUUCAUGGGCAAUUUGUAGGAUAUUCAAAAAGACCAAUUCAAUGGCGCAGAGAACUCUUUCUCACUCUUGGGUCUCUCCAUUACCUGAAACUACAGCAUCUGAUAUGUUCACCCAAGGCUCAUACUCUACUGAUUUCAGUUCAGGAAAUAUUUCUUGCAUAACUGAAACUGGAUCAGGCAUCCAGUUAUGCAGCAAUAAUGACCUACAACAGGCUUCAACCGCUAGUUUUUCUGCUCUUGAUAUUCCCUCAUAUAAGCCCAUGAAUUCAACUAUUUACAAACCAUCUCCUUUUUGCAUUCCAACUGGAGAUCUUCCUGGUGGCUUCAUGUUUUCACCUCUGGAAAUGUCAGGGCCAACCAACAGGCACCCAGUUGACAUUGCCUCCAUGCUUUUUAAUCUGUCCCCUGCCUUUAUCGGGGAUGAUAGUAAAACCUCAGGGAGUAUUGUCUUUGCGGGGCAAGCACAGCAGUUCAACAGAUUUCCAACCAGUUCGCAACUAGAUCUAGAAGGAAGCAUAGGAACGGGAGACGACGAUACAGGGUUGAGGAAGAAUCAUAGUGCAACCCAUGUUAAUAACCAAUGGGGAAAUGCCCGAUCAAUUGAAUUUCCUUUCAGUUUUCCAUCCAGUUUGCCUGAUACAUGGAAGCCUAAUUUGUUCUUGGAUUCUCCUCCAUCCUAG